AGGGAUGCUUGCUGACUUCCAGAGGAUAUUCAGCUCGGGAAUUUGCGAACCUUGCGAAGACCAAACAUGGAAAAUAUGUACCAAGCUUCCCACCAUGUUCGACUUUACUAAACUCCGACGCGCGACUUCGCAUUCGUUUUCUGUUUCUUCAGAAUGCGCCCAGGUGAUUCCUGUCAGUACGCCAUAGACAGUGCAAACUGGUCGCCAUGCUGCUCCCACGCCGCCCGAUUGCUUUGAAAGUCCUUGCCUCCAUCGCCUUAUGCAUCCUUUACUUCCUCGUACACCAUCUAUGGAGCCUCAGAGGUCUGCGCCACUGGCCGACAUUCGCACAAUCAACAUUGCGCCCUACAAGAAUACCUCAGAAGAUCUGGUAUAAGCUAGGUCCCAGCGGCCUCACCAACCAAACCCGAGAAUGGACCUCGACCUGUAUCGAUGCCAACCCUCAUUACAAAGUCUCGUUUAUGACCGAUGACGAAGGCGACACAUACGUCAGGAGAACCUUCGCGUCUCGCCCCGACAUCGUCGACAGCUACCUCGGCCUGACCAUUCCGAUUCUCAAAGCUGACCUCCUCCGCUACCUGCUCCUCUACGCUGAGGGAGGCAUCUGGAGCGACCUCGAUGUGUCCUGCGAGGGAACACCCAUAGACGAAUGGAUCCCUGUACAAUUCAAGAGUAAAACAGGUCUCGUCGUCGGAUGGGAGUUCGAUGUAGGCUGGGGCGAUAACUUCAUCCGUCAAUUCAACAGCUGGACCAUCAUGGCGCAGCCCGGGCUGCCGCACGUGGCCAUGGUGAUCGAUGAUAUCCUACAAGGACUGCGCGACAAGAUGGCCGAGCAUAAUGUUACGCUAGCGGAGUUGAGAUUGAGUAUGGUGGGGGAUGUGGUGCAUCUCACGGGGCCGAUCAGGUUUACGAUGAGUGUGCUAAAGAGUUUGGAGAGUACAAUCAAUGGGACUGUGGAUAUUGUCCACUUCUCGAAUCUCAGGGAGCCGAAGCUGGUGGGGGAUGUUUUAGUCAUGCCGGGUUACGCUUUUGCAGCGUCUUCGAAUAAGUAUGAGAGCAACGAGGUUUUGGGCCCGCCCUUGGUUACGCAUCAUUAUGCUGGGACUUGGAAGAAUGAGCAAGGUGGAGAGCUAGCUUGAUAUAGUUUUAGUUCUAGGAGGCUUACUACGUGCAGUUCCAGAAAUUCGGUAACAUAUUGUAAGCAUGGCGUCGUGUGGAUUCAAAACAAUUGCAAAACGAUGUAUCGUUGGUUUCCGGGUUCAUUCACUAUACCAUUUGCGCUAGCAGCAGAGAAGAUUGGCU